AUGUUUCUGGCCAUUGACUCCGGCCCUACGGAAUGUGUACAAAUAUCUUCAACUUAUAUCAACAUUUGCUUUCCCAUGGAUAUCCCACAGGCAUCUGGGAUUGAUUUAUACUUUGAUAAAGACGCUUGGUAUCAGAUUUUCACUCAUAUUCAGCAACUCUCGAACAAAUCUCAAAUGCUCGAAAGGGCGGUUACUGCUAUAUCAUUGGUUUGCCUCGGGAAGGUCGAACAUGAUGACACUUUGGUAGAGCAAGGAAUAUGGUGGUACAAUUCAUCUAUUCGGCGCUUGUUGCAUAUUAUUACACGCAAUGAGUGGAGCGAGGAGGUCGUUUUUGCUACUAUCAUGUUCCAAAUGCUGGAGAUUGCUUCGGUGGUAGAAAGUAGCAUCACCCGUUUAUCUUUAGGUGGCGAACCUUCAGAGGAAGACACAUUACUUGACGAAUUGUUCCGUUUUCUCGAACCCGUUUCGGAUCUUGUAUCUGAAUGGAAUACAAGAAACAAGUCCGAUUGGCAGGCAGCUAAGCCGGCUUUGCAUGCGUGCCUUGAUUAUAGACAACAGGCACUCUCAUGGUAUGCCCGAAGAAAAUUUGUUAUUGAGCCUGCGUUUCACCAACCCGAUGGACCCGUUACGACUGAGCAAGAUCCCUCAAAUUACCCUUUUGGCACACAUUAUUCUUUUUCCAACUUGGGAAGCGCAUCUUUGCAUGUCGCUUACUGGACUUUACUGGUUCUCAUUGAAGACACAAUCCAGAGGAUUCUAAACCUGGUCUCGCCGGGGUCCGUUGAUGAGGAACUUAUAUAUCUCAAUGAAAGAUCUAUCGGGCAUAAAAUGUCAGAAUUCUAUGCCGAUGAGAUCUGUCGAUCUUUGCCGUAUUGCCUUGCAGGUGUGCAUGGUGCCUGGGGCCUCGGUUCUUUAACAGGCUUGCUCACUCAAAUUGCCAGACCUUAUAUCGCUCUGCGGCGAUGUGAAAAGCUCAAUUACUGCCUAAGCAUCUACGAAAUGGCUAGAAACAAUGGCUUGGGGAUGGCAAGAGGUAUGGCAGACUUUAUCUUGAACUUGUGGACAAGCUUUGGUUCAUCCACCGGGGAGUCUCUCAAACUCAAUGAUUCGGAAUAUAUUACGACGCCCAAACAUGCAUCCGAGGAUAACAACAAAGACUCAGAGUUACAUGCUUUGGUGGAAGCAUCCAAAUAUCCACGGAGGGUCGACAACACAAUGCCUUGGCGGGUUUUCAGGUUUGUUGAAGAAUCUGCGCCAUCUACAUCGAAGAAAACUUGA